GGAAUGCAUUUCAAAUCGAACCCCUCCCUUGAGCUGAUGUAGUGCCUCUUCAUCACGAUUUCAAUGGUAGAGUUGAGCACCUAGGGGCAAAAAGAGCUAUAUUUACCUCUAAAAGACCAAAAUAUAUCACUUUUGCAACUAGCUGUCAAAAUGAAGACAAUAAUUGAUGUAUUUCACUAUAACUAAGCCUAAAACAUCUGUAUUUUGAUGAAAAAAACAUUUUUCAUGAAAGCUAUUCUUUAAAAGGGGUUAGAUGUCCAAAACGCGUCGGCGUUAGGGUGGGACUCAUUGGGUUAAGCUGUAGAACUGAUUUCUGAAACGCAAACCUUAGUAAGUCCUUCAAAAGUGUGUGGGGGUUUUAACAUUAUUGUAGCAUAUACUCGUAAAUGAUGACAAGGUGGAGGAGGAUGAAAUGCUACAUAAAGAGUCUCCAAAGCUGUCCAGUCAGAAUGAGAAACUAAUGACUGAGACUAUUGUUUUGAUGUUGCACUUACUGCAUAUUAGCACAUUUUUGCAUUCUCACACUCUGGCUUCAAACCAGUGCACUGUAUUUCAGACGCUGAGGUAGUUCUGUGGUUUGGUCAGCAGUAUAUGUCAAUGGCACCUUGUUGAAUGCUGAGGAAUGUGCAGCUGUGCAGUGCAGCUAUGGUGUGGACUUCAAUUCAGCAUUUCUCCAGUGUCUCUUUAAGCCCUCAGGGCACCAGGACUGUGUGAAAAUCUAUGCAGGACCAACCAUGACCUUGUUAACAUAAAUGUAUCAAACAUCGCAAAAUAAAAACAGUUAUGAUGGAUAAUAAUGGAAGACUUACUACCCUUGCAUAGGUCAAAUGAUUGACGUUGAAUAUGGGCUUGCUUGCGCAGCUACUUGAAAGGAACACUUGAUCAAAUGUGGUCUAUAAAGGCCUAUUACCCAACAUACUUUCUAUUCAAGGCAUAAUGACAAAGUUUAACAUUCAUUCAUUAACUAUUUUAUAUUCACUUGACAAAGUCUUGGAAUGUGCUUGAUAGGCCUAUGCCAUCACUAUCACAUCCUGAUCCUACUGCUGCAAGGUUAUACCACCACAUAGUGACUGACACCUGGCUGACACAGUUGGUUGGGCUUGGGCAUUACUGUAUUAUGGAAAAUCUUUGCUUAGUGACCAAUUGUGCAGUGUUACAACUCCUUUCUGCCAUUGACGUGGUAAGUAUUAGCCUACAUGUGGUGAGCACUGUCGGGAAUUGAUGUGAAACGUUGCCAUUUUCUCUCAUGCCUUAAGCUUGUAGCUCCCUGCGGUGUCCCCGUGGAGGAAACAAUUAUCAGGAACUUACAACAACAACAAAAAAUCAACAAUGUAGGCCUAAGUCACAUUUGGAGUUGCUGGAAACGUAGAAAAAAAUCCUGUAGGUACUGGGGAAAUAUAGGCCUAUAGGCUGAAGUCUCCCACCUGUGUGUCCUUCAUGAGAAGGAGGAGGCACAUGGGAGUGUGUGAGAGAGUCAAAAAAUGAUCGACAGCUAGAUCAUUUUACGGGUUCAAAGUGAAAUUCUCUUUUGUCCGUUGCUCUUGGCCAAUUCCUCAGAGAUGGGUCAUCACAGUGGGUUGGGGCUGACUCAAUCGGCACUUGAGUUAUAAAACACCAGAACACACGGAAGAAAACCAGUAGAGUAAAGUUUUGGUAGAGUAACGGAUAACAGUGAAGGACAAAUAAUUUUUUCUCCCUAAAGAUGUUUGAUAAAUAGAUAUUUUUCAAAGUAUUUAAGACAAGAGCAUCCUGCAAAGUCUGUUACGAACCUCAUAUUUGCUUGGCUUUCCUAACAUUUACAGCUGUUUUUCCUGUGUAGAACUUUGGCGAAAUGGGUGACCUUCAGCAGAUGGCAGUGCUCAUGGCUAUCGUGCAGUGCGUAAUGACAGGAGUGAUGGACAGGAGGAUGGAGGUCCCUGAAGCAACGGCGUACCUGAUGAAGUAUGGCUAUCUGCACACUUCACUGGAUCCUCAGAACCAGGGCUUCCAGAGAGAAGCUGUAAUUGAGGCACUCAGGGUAUUCCAGAGGGUGACAGACCUGCCUGUCACUGGAGUGAUUGACAAGGCCACCCUAGAGAUGAUGAGACAGUCUCGCUGUGGCAUAGAGGACCCCUUCAAUCAGAAAACCCUCAAGUACAGAGUGCUGGGUUACUGGCGCAAGAGAAGCCUGACCUGGUGCAUCUACAACUACACUCCAGACAUGCCGAAGAGUGAGACAAAGAGGGCCAUCCGCUCUGCAUUUAAGUAUUGGAGCGAUGUGGCUUCCCUGAGCUUCCGAGAGGUUGAGUAUGGACGAGCUGACAUCAGGAUCUCAUUCCACGCGAAAGAUGCCACUUGUGCCGUGCCUUUUGACGGGAGGGGUCACGUGCUGGCCCAUGCUGAACACCCACAGUCAGGGAUUGUUCAUUUUGACGAGGAUGAGUUUUGGACCGAGGGCAUGUUCUACGGCACUAACCUGCAUAUCAUCGCUGCCCAUGAGAUAGGCCACACCCUGGGCUUAGGCCACACCCUGGGCUUAGGCCACACCCUGGGCUUAGGCCCCUCGCAAUACAGAAGUGCUCUGAUGGCCCCUCUUUACACUGGUUACCGUAGCAACUUCCAUCUGCAUCCCGAUGACAUAAAAGGCAUCCAAGCUAUGUAUGGUAAACAUGGUACAAGUGUUCCAGUUGAGCCCACAGUGACACUCCCCACAGACAGCCUCCCUGAUGCUGAGUUGUAG